UCCUUGGAAUAUACUUUGCUGCAACAAGUACGUAACGACAUUUGUGCCACAGGCAGAGGGCUUUGGCCUGUUUUGUGAGAUUUUUCGCGAUAUACCCCUGUUUUUCGUGCUUUAUCAAUAAAAUCAUAAAAAGCGGUGCCCUCCCGCAAACUAAAACAGAUCGAAAACUUGGUUCACACGUGAGUCAGACCCAGUAGUACUCGGGUCUGAACCAUGAACGGAUGAUUCCAGCCAGGUGAAAACUAAUAAAUGGAGAGAACACUCCCACCAUUCUCCGUUGCAAUCACUGUCUGAUCCAUACAGAAUGUCCACCAAUAGUUCUUUGACAAGUGAGGGUAUCUCCAGUUCGGCCGCCCUCCACCCAUCAACGCCAAAACCCAACCAUCUUCAACUACAAUGUCGAAUAUUCACAUUACCACGAGAGCUCCGAGACAUGAUCUAUGACGAGUACAUUACAGUCUAUGGUGGCUACGUGUACGACGCAGACGACAACAAGCUUGUCCAAGCUAGCGACGGUGGCAGGAUAGACGUCCGACUCAUGCGCGUUUGUCGCAGAAUGAAUCAAGAGAUGGAAGGACUCCCCAUGCAGAAAAACAAAGUCACCUUCCGAAGCUAUUGCACACCGGAAUCCAGUCAUGACGCAGGUGUGUUGCAUGCAGCGGUAAACAGGAUUCUGCGAACAAAGUGGGUCAAGAUAUGCAUGGUCGGCCCUUCUCUCUUAACAGAAGACGUCAAGCAUCAAGUUGCAAGCGAGUUUCCUUACUUUCGGCCUGUUCUGGACGGAUUUGCGGAACUCUUGAACUACGAUGACAUAAGCGAGCAGCCCAUUUUCGAAGAUCAUUACCCAAUAUCUUAUGGUCAGCCGCAAUCCAUCUUUCGAGACUUCGUGGAUCUUCUCUUUACACUUCUUUCAAAGCAUCCCGACUGGGCUACUCUUACGGACGCUGAAGUUGCAAGAGCUAGCCUCGUCGACGCAGAUUUUGUAGGAUCUAUUCCUAAGUCCUGGUCUGUGCUAGAUCGAGAGGAUGCCGAACGGAUAAAGAAAACAUUUUACCCUGAAGAAGACUGGAGCCGACAUUAUUUCACAAUGCCAAGCGAGGACUACGCCUUCUCCGCCACCUCGUUGGCAAUCAAGUGGCUGGGCUCGAACUCGUUUGCAUCACGCAAUCUUCUACGAGACAUUGAACUCGUAGAGGCCCAAGCUGCUGUUGCAUUCCCCGAAAGCCAUGCGCGAGGGUUGAUCCCCUACUGCAGAGAAAACCCGAAACUUCGCAUUCGUAGGCAUGCCAACCUUUGGAAAAGUGUUUUCCCCAGUGCUAGUCCCGACCGAAGCGUACCCGAUUCCUGGCGGCUUGUAAGAGGCUGGAUUACUGAUGAAGUAACUUCGUGGGUCGUAGAGGCGACAUCGCUCUCUGCACUGGGUAUGCCAGCGAACUGCUUUAACCUUGUUCUGGAUGGCGCCCCGAUUUUGGCGGAAACCACAGAGAUCUUCAAAGUCGUUCUUGAAGACAGUGCUUAUCAAGCCGCUAUGGAUGUAUAUUUCGCAAACGAUCUGCUUACCGACCGUCGCUGGCUUGAACGUCGAGGUGGCAUUGAGGGGUGGGUCCCGAAUUAUUUCGAAGGUCUUCCAAAGAUGAUCCAGGACCUUCGGGUGGAUGGUAAUAUCGUUUGCUGCAGCUUCGAUCUAGGCCCUGACAUUGAAAUUGAUAAGAUAAUAAAGGAACGCACUGGAUGGACGUGGGAUGAGUGGCAAGCUGAGAGGUUGAGGAGAUGGUGGGAAUCCAUGACUCAUUUACCUUCUGUCGAGUUCCUGCUUACUAAUGAUAAGAGGGGUAACUGGGUUUCGAUCGUGUGGCGUCGCGAUGCAUGAGUUCAAGGAAAUUUGGCGAGCUGUGAGCCUGGUAUACUUCGACAAGCAAGAUUUGCACAGCGAGGCUAGGUUACAGGCUUGAUAGAGUAAUAUGAAAUAUCGCACUUAG